AGCACUUAGCACUCACUUGCAAUGGCUAUAAGUGAGUGAUUACUUCAUUGUCAAAUUGGAUGUAUUGGUGAUUUCUCUAAUGACUUUCUAUUGCAGGGCUUCAAUUUGAGAAUUCAUGUGAAGUUGGUGUUUUUUCAAAGCUAACCAAUACAUAUUCUUUGGUUGCUAUUGGGGCUUCUGAAAACUUCUACAGGUAUGAGAUUGUGAUAAAUUCGACCCAAUAGGUUCUUAGCUCAGUGAAGAUUUUAUGUUGUGCAGCGUGUUUGAGGAUGCGUUACCUGAAAAUUUUCCAGUGAUCAAAACUUCCAUUGGAGGAACAAGGAUAAUUGGAAGACUCUGUGCUGGAAACAAAAAUGGGCUUCUUUUGCCUCACACUACUACAGAUCAAGAACUUUGGCACUUGAGGAAUAGUCUCCCGGACAGAGUAGUGGUUCAUCGCAUUGAAGAGCGGUUAUCUGCACUCGGAAACUGCAUAGCAUGCAAUGAUUAUGAAUCUCUUGCACAUGUAGAUCUUGACAAGGAAACUGAAGAGAUGAUUGCUGAUGUUCUUGGUGUGGAAGUUUUACGGCAUACAAUAGCAGAUAAUAUUCUUGUUGGAAGCUAUUGUGCUUUCUCAAACUUGGGAGGCUUGGUACAUCCUCAUGCAUCUAUUGAAGAGAUGACGGAGCUUGCACGUCUCCUUGGUAUUCCUGUGACUGCAGGAACUGUGAACCGCGGUAGUGAAGUGAUAGCUGCUGGUAUGAUUGUCAACGACUGGGCAGCGUUUUGUGGGUCAGACACAACAGCAACAGAAGUGGCUGUUAUCGACAACAUUUUCAAGUUGCAGGGGGCUCAACCCAGUCUUAAUGAGAUCAGGAAAUCUGUGAUCGACAUGUACGUUUGAGUUAUUUUUGUAUACAUACUGAGUUUUGUGUGUUAAUUGAUUCUAUGCACAGACUACGGUGAAUCUUAAUCAUGCAGUACAUUCAUCCAAUUAACAAAGUAUGAGUCUGAGUUGCUAUUAGAGUUGUAACAAGUCACAAUGAAAUGAUCUUUACAUAUUCUAAUGUUAU